ACCACACCCUGCUCAGCCCCCGACCAGUCCACCAGAUGCCACCAUCUCUCCCGUCUCUCCCACCCCCUACAGUCCAUGAGCCUCAUCGAGAUUGGGAACCCCUCUCAGAGCCUAGAGAACGUCUGCCGCUGGGCCUACCUGCAGCAGAAGCCGGACACAGGCCACGAUGAAUACCACGAUCAUGCCAUCUUCCUCACACGGCAGGACUUUGGGCCUUCGGGCAUGCAAGGCUACGCUCCUGUCACCGGGAUGUGCCACCCCGUCCGCAGCUGCACCCUGAACCAUGAGGAUGGCUUCUCCUCGGCCUUCGUGGUAGCCCAUGAGACCGGCCACGUGCUGGGCAUGGAGCACGACGGGCAGGGCAACCGCUGCGGCGACGAGGUGCGCUUGGGCAGCAUCAUGGCGCCCCUGGUGCAGGCCGCCUUCCACCGCUUCCACUGGUCACGCUGCAGCCAGCAGGAGCUGAGCCGCUACCUGCACUCCUACGACUGCCUGCGGGACGACCCCUUCGCCCACAACUGGCCGGCGCUGCCCCAGCUGCCCGGGCUGCACUACUCCAUGAAUGAGCAGUGCCGCUUCGACUUUGGCCUGGGCUACAUGAUGUGCACUGCAUUCCGGACCUUCGACCCCUGCAAGCAGCUGUGGUGCAGCCACCCUGACAACCCCUACUUCUGCAAGACCAAGAAGGGCCCCCCCUUGGACGGGACCAUGUGCGCACCUGGCAAGCAUUGCUUUAAAGGACACUGCAUCUGGCUGACGCCUGACAUCCUCAAACGGGAUGGCAACUGGGGCGCCUGGAGUCCGUUUGGCUCCUGCUCACGCACCUGCGGCACUGGCGUGAAGUUCAGGACCCGCCAGUGCGACAACCCACACCCAGCCAACGGCGGCCGCACCUGCUCGGGCCUGGCCUACGACUUCCAGCUCUGCAACCCGCAGGACUGCCCUGACUCCCUGGCCGACUUCCGCGAGGAGCAGUGCCGCCAGUGGGACCUGUACUUCGAGCAUGGCGAUGCCCAGCACCACUGGGUGCCCCAUGAGCACCGGGAUGCCAAGGAGAGAUGCCACCUGUACUGCAAGUCCAAGGAGACGGGGGAGGUGGUGUCCAUGAAGCGCAUGGUGCACGAUGGGACGCGCUGCUCCUACAAGGACGCCUUCAGCCUCUGUGUGCGUGGAGACUGCAGGAAGGUGGGCUGUGAUGGGGUGAUCGGCUCCAGCAAGCAAGAGGACAAGUGUGGUGUGUGCGGAGGGGACAACAGUCACUGCAAAGUGGUCAAGGGCACGUUCACGCGCUCGCCCAAGAAGCACGGUCACAUCAAGAUGUUUGAGAUCCCCGCCGGAGCCAGACACCUGCUCAUCCAGGAGGUGGACGCCACCAGCCACCAUCUGGCCGUCAAGAACCUGGAGACAGGCAAGUUCAUCUUAAACGAGGAGAAUGACAUGGAUGCCACUUCUAAAUCUUUCAUCGCCAUGGGCGUGGAGUGGGAGUACAGGGACGAGGAUGGCCGGGAGACGCUGCAGACCAUGGGCCCCCUCCAUGGCACCAUCACCGUCCUGGUUGUCCCAGAAGGAGAUGCCCGGAUCUCACUGACGUACAAAUACAUGAUCCAUGAGGACUCGCUCAAUGUUGAUGACAACAAUGUCCUUGAAGAUGACUCUGUGGUCUACGAGUGGGCCCUGAAGAAGUGGUCUCCUUGCUCCAAGCCAUGCGGCGGAGGGUCCCAGUUCACCAAGUAUGGUUGCCGCCGGAGGCUGGACCACAAGAUGGUGCACCGAGGCUUCUGCGCCGCCCUGGCAAAGCCCAAAGCCAUCCGCCGGGCAUGCAACCCACAGGAGUGCUCCCAGCCUGUGUGGGUCACGGGCGAAUGGGAGCCGUGCAGUCAAAGCUGUGGGCGGACGGGCAUGCAAGUGCGCUCCGUGCGCUGCGUUCAGCCAAUGCACGACAACACCACCCGCUCUGUGCACACCAAGCACUGCAAUGACGCCCGGCCUGAGAGCCGCCGGGCCUGCAACCGUGAGCUCUGCCCUGGUCAGUGGCGGGCUGGGCCCUGGUCCCAGUGCUCGGUGACCUGUGGCAAUGGGACGCAGGAGAGGCCGGUGCUGUGCCGCACCGCAGACGACAGCUUCGGCAUCUGCCAGGAGGAGCGGCCCGAGACAGCGAGGAUCUGCAGGCUUGGCCCCUGUCCCCGAAACGUCUCCGACCCCUCCAAGAAGAGCUACGUGGUGCAGUGGCUGUCCCGCCCAGACCCCGGCUCGCCCAUCCAGAAGAUCUCGUCAAAGAGCCACUGCCAAGGUGACAAGUCAAUAUUCUGUAGGAUGGAAGUCUUGUCUCGCUAUUGCUCCAUCCCAGGCUACAACAAGCUGUGCUGCAAGUCCUGCAACCUGCACGACAACCUCACCCACGUGGGGGACGGCCUAGAGCCACCGCCUGGGAAGCACAACGACAUCGAAGUGUUCAUGCCCACUCUGCCUGGCCCCACUGUGCUCGUGGAGGUGCCUCCUUCGCCAGGCACCCCCCUGGAGGUUCCCCUCAAUGCCUCCAGUACCAAUGCCACUGAGGACCACCCGGAAACCAAUGCUGUAGAUGUACCCUACAAAAUCCACGGCCUGGAUGAUGAAGUCCAGCCACCCAACCUAAUCCCUCGACGACCGAGCCCGUAUGAAAAGACCAGAAACCAAAGAAUCCAAGAGCUCAUUGAUGAGAUGCGGAAGAAGGAGCUGCUCGGGAAGUUCUAACGCCACGGAAAGACAGCAUCGACAGCACUUCCCUGCUUAUACGGAUAUUCCAUGGGAUAGCACAUCCUUCGUCAUGAAGAUGAAGCCGAAAUUCCUGAUUCCAAAAGGCUGGGAGAAAACAGAGGAGAAAUGAUAUAAGAAAUCCAGACAUGGCAACCAGGCCAGCGUGUGCCUCUCCGGCAGCGGUGCUGGGUGCGGAGUGCAGAGGAGCACACAGGCUCCGCGCUGCCAGGGAGGGGAGGGACAGGGACGCCUCUGGGAGAAACAAGCCGGCCCCGGUUGCCGACUGGUUGCUGGGAACCCUCCUGUCCUUUGUGGUGAUGCAGGACACUCCCCACCAGUCCCCCGGCCAAGGCACUUAACAGCGGACCCGUUGCCAAGAUGAGCACAACGGAGUGGAGGCCAGGAACUCAAACGCCUUCGUGGGCCAGGUAGGUGACGAGGAUGAGGGCAGUGGCCAGCUGGGGUCUGUGACCGUCCUGAGAGCCACACCCAUCUGAACCUGAUUGUCGUUUCCGGUCGGUGCUGCCUUGUGAACUCUGUCUCUCUCCUCACCGGCCCUGGGCUUGCCGGGCAGUGCGCUUUUUCAGAAGUCUAGAUUUCCACACGAAAAAGUGCGGUCUUCAAAGGUCAACUCCGAAUGUUUCCGGGCUCUGGGAGUCUGGCAGGCUUUAGGUCAUUAGGCUGCCACCUCUGGUGUCAGCCUUGGCCUAAAGCAGUUUUGCUAGGCAAGGACUAGAAGUCACCUGACCCAUGCGGUGCUCACGCUGUACUACAUUCGAAGGCGCCGUGUGGCUGUCCUUGUCCCCAGGGGGUGAUGAGAAUCCUGUCACUGGAGACGCGAGGACGGACCUAAACAGGCUGUGCCCAGAAGACCCAGGGGCGCUGUCCCGGCCUCUCCCUCUCCACUAGCCCUGGCCUCGCCGGCGCCUCCAGGCCCUGGUGGAAGAGCCCGGCGUUCUCCUCUGGCAGCCUGGCCCCAGCGGCCCCAGAGAGCCUUCUCCCUCCCCAAGUGCCCCAGAAGGACGAGGGAGACCCACGCUGUGCUGCAGAAGCCCGGUGGGCAGUCCAAGGCCCAGAAAUCUCCCUGCCCAGAGAGGCCAGCGUGCGGCCCCCCACGGCCAGGCUGGAGGACUCUGAGGCCUGGGCUUGUGGGCUCCGCUUGGCUCCUGAAGACCAGCUGCGAUUGCCUGCUGGGUGGGUGGGCUUCCCCGUCCCCCCUGCCACCCACUCCUGUCCCCGAGAAGUCCCAGAACCCAGCAGUGAACCGGGAGGCUUGGUCCCUGAUGGGAGGCUUAGGGGAAGGUGGCGAGAGCCUACUUUACCUUUCAGUCUUUCAAAACUUUUAGCAAUUUCCAUUUUCAGCAAAAUGGCUUUUAUGAGAAAGAUUCAAAUAAAAAGAAAAACAGCAGGAGAGGAGUGGGGAUGGACAGGAGAAAGGUGGCUAAGUCUUACCUCUCACCUCACUGGUGUUUGACAAAUAUGCAGCUUAAACAUCCCCAAAUCCCAAGACCCAGGGCACGUUCACGCCUUAGCUGGGCCUAGUCUGAUAGUUCUUAGCUUUUCACGUCCCACAACUUUCCAGAGGCUGCGUGUUCUCGCUCCCCGUGCUUGUUUCCCAUUGUACAGACAAGCAGACCGAGGCUCAGGAUAAUCCACCAUGGCUACUUUCUUAUGAGGUUGGAGGUGCUAAAGUGUUUGUUGUCUGAAUUUGCGUGUGUGGGGGUGGGUCUGUCUGUGUGGCCCAGGGGACAAAGUGAGGGUGUGGCAAGCAGCGAGGACAGAAUGUGGGACGACGUUUAACUCUCCACCUGGGCAGUGACCAGCCCCCCCUCCGCCACCACACCCCACACAUGCCCAUGCCCUGUCCUGGUGUCUCCCGAAGAACCGAACUGGAGAAAACCUUUUUGAAUAUCUCUCCUGGUAUCCCGUCUUUAACAAGGUGUGGUCCAGAGCACUUCUGCAGUGCUGCCUCUGCUUAGUUAGGAAAUGGAGCCCGCGGCUCUCCAUCACUUGCUGAACCCAGGACAGCUGGUGCUAGUCACGGGCUGAAGUCUUUGUUUGGGUCUGUCCUAGACCCUGCAGGAAACUCAAGAGUAACGCUAGCCAGACAGCAUUACCUGGUUUACCAAGCGUCAGGACGGGAGUGCUCCUUCCUGGAUCCCGGCAAAGCAGGGCUCAUGUCUUGGUGCUGGAAGGCUUUGCAAAGAGGCCCUGGGUGGCCCAUUGCCCGGGCACCUGUCCUACUCUGAGAAGCGUAGGCCAGUGUGGCCGUGGCCCAGGUGCCAUCUCAGUGCCGUGAGCCCUCUAAGCAAAGAGGUCUCCAGAGCUAGAUGUUCCUCAGAGGUCUCUCUGUCCAGGGCUCUGUGUGCACUGGGCUCUGAGAAACUGCAGCUCUCUACUGAGCUUGGGACCCCUUGGAGAACCAGCCGAGAAACAGUCCUGAUCCUUCCGAGACCGCUCCUGCCUCUGAGGAGCUCCUGGCGCCCAGAGGAGGCAACGUCUUCAAGCUGAGUUCCUGACACCAUGAUGAGACUCAGACCGUCUGCGGCACCAAAAGAUCUGCUGGGGUGCCCGAGAGUCCCUCCUCUCCUCUUUUGUGGGCAGAUUCGUGUUCGAUUUUUGGAAUUUAGCUCUCUGAUUUACUCCUUUUGGAAAACCCAUGGAAUUUCAUGUAUAAGCCCUUCACUUGUAUUUUGAGGUUUUUUGUUUGUUUGUUUUGAGUAUAUAAAUGGUGCUUAAUAGCAACAUCUUUGUCAGAUGAAACAUUAUGAUUCUGUUUACUCCUGUAUGACAGGUAACCAUGGUACUAAAUCAUCAAGGUGCUGAACUAGAAUCACAAAAUUUUACCUUACUGAUAACAGCAAUCAAUACAUUUUUGUUCUGUAUAGUAAAAUUUGACUUACUUUUAUAACUUAUUAAAGUUAAAAUGUCUGUGUUUUUGCAAAUCA